AUGGUUUGCGUUUCGCAGCUUCCAGAACUCGUUGGUCAUCCAUGUUUUGCUGGAGUUUACGACCCAAGCCUCUUAGAAACAGAGGCCCUGAGCGUGCGAGCCAAGAAAAGAGCCGAGUCCGCCAAAGUAUCGGAUUGGAGAGGAGGACCAGUGUCAUUUCGGAGGCUGACUUGGAGCAAGUCAGAUGGGAUGCUGGGCAGGAAGACGUUGAGGUCUCCGAGCCCUACCGUCGAAUCAUCGAAGAGGCCAAGAGCUGCAUCGGAUUUGGAGCUGCUCGAGGUAGCUUUCCCGAGGAGUGGGACGCGCAACUUCUUGUUGACUGCGGAGCAACUGCUGCACAUGGAUGAAAUGGCGAUGCAGAAGAAGUAUGUCUUUGUGUAUUGCUGCCUGGGCAUGGAUUGGUCUGCACCGCUGCUAGCGGAGCGCUUGCAGAUAGCCUUUGAGAUCCUGCCCAGAAAGUACACCAAGAACUUGAAGCGCUUUUACGUAUUGCACGCCACAAGCUCGACGCACGUGACGAUGUGGUCGUUUUACGCGUGGCUGACACCGCAGUUCUGGGACAAGAUCCAGUUCGUCAACAGCAUCGAGACGAUUUGCGAGGACUUGCAUCCAAACGAUGAGUCUUCUCAAGUAGAACUUCGGCGACGCUUCCCUCAGGUCAUCCAGCGGCAAGAUGCCCUGCGCAACGGUGAUGACCCGCCCGUCAACUUCGGCGUCCAGAUCAGGGCUAUUUGCAACACCUUCGGUGUUGAUUUCACCGACAAGACCACUGGACGCUGGUAUCCAAAGCUGCCACCAGCUGUAAUAUUCCUAUGUGAGGCCCUCGAGAGAGAGGCCGCCGACGAGGAAUUUGGAAAGCUUUUCGAAGUGGAUCCUGAUGCAGUGUUCCCUCUGUUGAAUACUAUCGACUAUGGGAAUCCAUUGCCGCGUGACUUGGACCCUGCUCUUCUCUGGUGUUGCCUCAAGGUCUGGUUGGAUUGCUUGCCUUCUCCACUCCUGUCCUUCGAGGCUAUGAAUCUCCUGCAAAGCAGGGAGAUUCAGCCUGGCAACAUCCAGAGCCAACGGGAGUACUUAGUUGAGAUCUUUCAUGAGAAGCUUCCUGAAGAAGUUGCGUAUGUUGCGCUCUACAUAAGUUCAUUCCUUCACACCAUGUGUAAUGUGGCGCAAGAUCGUUGGGGUGGCAAGGCUGCAGGCAGCUCGGCCACUGCAUCUGCGCCGGUCAUGCUGACGCCCAGCACUGCCGCAAAGGUCUUCGCAUCCGGCUUUUUGAGACCGCGGGUGUUCAACGGGGAGUCCAUGAAGGCAGUCCCGGCCGCCGAGUCUUUGAUUGCGACGCUCAUCGAAGGAGCUGAGGAAAAAGAUCUUUGGAUCGGUGGGGAAGCACAAGAUUUCGCCAAGGAGACGGCUGAUACCGAGUCGGACGCAGAAAGUCCAUGA